CAAUUGUAUCUGUUGCCACUCGGAGGCAUUUCACCGACGCACCGUGAACUUCCGUCCAACUCAUUUGCUUCAAAGCUGACAGAAAAACAUCCAAGGUUGGAAGCUCCGUGUCAACAUCGACAUCCACAACGACCUGAUCGUCAUGAUUGUCCUGACGAUAAUCGCCCGUGUAGCGGACGGGAUGCCGCUCGCUGCCUCCAUUCAGGAUGAUGACCAGUCAGGAAGAGACCUCCAGCAGUACCAGAGCCAGGCCAAGCAGCUGUGCCGGAAACUGAACGCUCAGAGUCCAGACCGCUGCACCCUGGAGGCUGGCGUAAUGAACUUCCACUAUUUAAUAGAGCAGGGUGUUUGCUACCUGUCCCUCUGCGAGGCUUCAUUUCCAAAAAAGAUGGCAUUUGCAUACCUUGAAGACCUCCACAGAGAGUUCUAUGAACAGUAUGGAAGGAGAGUGCAGACAGUGACGAGGCCAUAUUCUUUCAUCGAGUUUGACACAUACAUCCAGAAGACAAAGAAGUCGUACAGCGACAGCAGGGGAAGGAGGAACUUGGGCAGUAUUAACACAGAGCUGCAGGAUGUCCAGAGAAUUAUGGUGGCCAAUAUUGAGGAAGUUCUGCAACGAGGAGAAGCCCUUUCUGCUCUAGACACCAAAGCCAGCAAUCUGUCCAGCCUGUCCAAGAAGUACCGCAGCGAUGCAAAGUACCUCAACACCCGCUCCACAUAUGCCAAGGUGGCUGCCGUGGCAGUCUUCUUCGUCACACUCAUCAUCUAUGUGCGCUUCUGGUGGCUCUGAUGGGAGUCUUAAACAAGAACUUUAUUAUUUGGGAGGUGUUUCUCUUUAAAAACCAAGCAUUUACAUUUAUCAUCAUAUAACACAGUGCCUUACAGGGGUCAUGGACAAUCUAGCCAUGUUGAAUGUAAAUGUUCUCUCUGUACAGCUUUGUUACGCUACAUAUAUUCAGCGUAAACUGAGCCAUAGGUCUAUAAUGGGUUGGGUCUAUGUUACAGAAGCAAACAGCUUCAUGAUGAGUUCUAAAAAU